CGUGUCCCCGCGCUCUUUGCUCGCCAGCCGGCACCGGCUGCGGGAGAGGCCGCGACAGCUCGGCUCGCGCGCCGGACCGCGGGACGCGUCCCAUGCGGCCGCUCAGCAUGUCCGGGCACUUUCUGCUCGCGCCCAUCCCCGAGUCCUCCUCGGACUACCUCCUGCCCAGGGACAUCAAACUGGCCGUGCUGGGCGCCGGCCGCGUGGGCAAGAGCGCCAUGAUCGUGCGCUUCCUUACCAAGAGAUUCAUUGGCGACUAUGAACCGAAUACAGGCAAGCUGUACUCACGGCUCGUCUGUGUAGAGGGGGACCAACUAUCUCUGCAGAUCCAGGACACUCCCGGUGCAACCCAGGUGCAAGACAACCUCAGCCAGAUGGUUGAUUCUCUGUCCAAAUGCGUGCAGUGGGCCGAGGGCUUUCUGCUGGUCUAUUCCAUCACAGACUACGACAGCUACCAGUCCAUCCGGCCCCUUUACCAGCACAUCCGGAAGGUCCACCCUGACUCUAGAGCCCCGGUCAUCAUCGUGGGCAACAAGGGGGACCUUCUGCAUGCCCGGCAGGUGCAGACGCAUGAUGGCAUUCAGCUAGCCAAUGAGCUGGGCAGCCUGUUCCUUGAAAUUUCCACUAGUGAAAACUACGAAGACGUCUGUGAUGUUUUUCAGCAUCUCUGCAAAGAAGUGAGCAAGUUGCACAGCCUCAGCGGGGAAAGGAGAAGAGCUUCCAUCAUCCCCCGGCCCCGCUCUCCCAACAUGCAGGACCUGAAGAGGCGCUUCAAGCAGGCUCUGUCUUCCAAAGUCAAAGCCCCCUCCACGCUGGGGUGAACCACCUCAGACAGACUCACCUCCUUUUUAUUAUGCAUUUGUGCAGCUGAAAAGACUGGGCUUCUCCCUUUUUAAUCACAUGUUCAGAGUUUAUUUUUAUAAAGACUUUAUUGGUUUUCGAGUG